AUGAGCCUAUCGUUUGAACGAUAUGGAGAAAAUGAGGCAAUCCUUCAGUGCUCCUCUUCAAGGCAAAUGUUGUUUGAUGGCAGGAAUUUAACUAGAAAUGUUGUUAUUCGGUUUUCUGGCCUUACGUUUUUGAAUAGCCACGUUACUGUGCAGAAUUGCUCGCUGUUUGUCGAUAGUUGUCAUUUCAAAGAUGCCAUAUCUUUUCCAAACGCAACAGGUGUAGUUCAUUUUGAAUCAUUUGAUGAACAUGACCUUUCCUUGAGGGUUGGGCGGUCCGAGUUUAGCAACAAUGGUUUUCCAUGUAUCUAUGUCCUUGGGAGCAGACCGAAGAUCGAAAUUUACGAAACUGCAUUUGUCAACAAUACCGCCUACGGUACAAGCGCAUUGUUUAACUGGAUUUAUCUCAGUAUUUUCAUUGUGCUGUUGCCAACCCAGCAAUUAAUAUAUCCCGGGACAACUGUUUCGUUAAUCAGCAUAUCAUUCGUGAAAAACAAAGCGCCAUUAGGAGGGUGUCUUCGGAUGGAGGGAAUCGCCUCAGAAGAAACAGCAAACAGGCAAUCUCAACAACAUCGUACCAAGAAGAAACAUAUUAGAAAUGCGGGUUCUAAAUCGCAUCAAUUCUUCUCUAGAAAACAUGAUACGAAGUAA